AUGCAAGUAAAUAAGAUAACUAACGAUGGAGUGUGGUGGAUCCCUGCUAUGGAGAUUCUUCCUAGUGCAACCCGGAGCCGCUACAUGGCUCCUAAUGCCAUGUCGCAACCAUCGCAGCCCUCAUCAGCCGGAAGAGCUUCCGGCAAGCAGGCGGUUCCGUUCAAGCCGGAUCUGACGAAGCCGUUGGUGUUCCAGGUGGGGUAUCUGGGGGAGCACUAUGACGACUGGGUGCACCAACCCAUCAUCAGCAGAACGGGACCGCGCCUCUUCGGGCCGGACUGGAUGGAGUUCUUCACGCAGACGCACUGGUGGAUGAUCCCGCUCGUCUGGCUUCCCGUCAUCGCCUUCGCCGAGUACCGCGCCGCGCUCGCCGGCACGCCCAAGGUUCUCGUCGCGCCGUUUUUCGCGCUGGGGCUGGUGGUGUGGACGCUGAUGGAGUAUAGUCUACACCGCUUCUUAUUCCACUACCGCACGACGGGGUAUUGGACCAACACGCUGCACUACCUGCUGCACGGCUGCCACCACAAGCACCCGCAGGACCGCUUUCGCCUCGUCAUGCCGCCUGUGCUCUUCGCGACGCUGUCCACCGUGGUGGCGAUACCGUUCUUCGUGGUGUUCCCGGGGUUCCUGGUGUGGCCCGUGUACGCGGGAGCCAUCUUCGGGUACAUUUGCUACGACAUGACGCACUACUUCGUGCACUUCGGCGUGCCGCUCGAGCUCGAGUGGAUCCGCUUCCUGCGGCGCUACCACAUGGCGCACCACUUCAAGGAGUACAACGCGGGAUUCGGCAUCACCAACUCCUUCUGGGACAAGGUCUUCGGCACCUACCCCGCCGACGACCCCAAGAAGGCGGACGCGGCCAGCAAGGCGGACGCGGCGGGCAAGGCAAUGUAG